AUGGGUUUGUCAUUUCAGCAUUUGGUGAUGUUCAGAGAUGUGGCUGUAGACUUUUCUCAGGAAGAGUGGGAAUGCCUGAACUCAUAUCAGAGGAAUUUGUACAGAGAUGUGAUAUUAGAGAACUAUAGCAACUUGGUGUCAGUGGCAGGGUAUACCAUUUCUAAGCCAGAUGUGAUUACUCUACUAGAGCAAGGGAAAGAACCCUGGAUGGUUGUGAGGGAUGAGAGAAGAAGAAGGAGCCUAGAUUUAGAAUCCAGAUAUGACACUAAAAAGUUAUUUCAAGAAAAGGAUAUUUGUGAAAUGAAUUUAUCUCAGUGGGAGAUAAUGGGAAGAAUUAGAAGUUGUGGCCUUGAAAACUCCUUUAUCAGAAAAGAUUAUAAAUAUGAGAAGUUCGAGGGACAAGAACACCUUCAAGAGGGAUAUUUCCGGCAAGUGAAAAAAACCACCUCUGAAAAAAUGCCCACUUACAGAAAACUCACUUCUCUUACUCUGUAUCAGAGUAUCCAUAAUAGAGAGAAACCCUAUGAAUGUGGGGAUUGCGGGAAGGCCUUUAGAGUACGCCAACAACUUACUUUCCAUCAGAGAAUUCACACUGGCGAAAAACCCUAUGAAUGUAAAGAAUGUGGAAAAGCCUUUAGACAGUGUGCCCACCUUAGUCGACAUCAGAGAAUUCAUACUUCUGACAAACUCCUUGAAUGUAAAAAAUGUGGAAAGAUCUUUACAUGUGGUGCAGAUCUUCGAGUACAUCAGAGAACUCAUAUUGGUGAGAAGCCCUAUGAAUGUAAGGAAUGUGGGAAGGCGUUUAGAGUAAGAGGACAACUUAAUCUUCAUCAAAGGAUUCAUACUGGUGAGAAGCCCUAUGAAUGUAAGGAAUGUGGGAAGACCUUUAGACAGUAUGCACACCUUACACGACAUCAGAGACUUAAUAUUGCUGAGAAGUGUUAUGAAUGUAAGGACUGUGGGCAGGCUUUUUUGUGUAGUACAGGCCUUAGAGUACAUCACAAACUUCAUACUGGUGAAAAACCCUAUGAAUGUAAGGAAUGUGGAAAGGCCUUCAGGGUGCGGCAACAACUCACUCUCCAUCAGAGAAUUCAUACUGGUGAGAAACCCUAUGAUUGUAAAGAAUGUGGAAAGACUUUUAGUCGUGGCUAUCAUCUCACUCUCCAUCAGAGAAUUCAUACUGGUGAGAAACCUUACGAAUGUAAGGAAUGUCGGAAGUUCUUCCGUCGUUACUCAGAACUUAUUUCACAUCAGGGUAUUCAUAUUGGAGAGAAACCCUAUGAUUGUAAGGAAUGUGGGAAGACCUUUAGACUGUUCUCACAACUUACCCAACAUCAGAGUAUUCAUUUUGGUGAGAAACCUUAUAAAUGUAAGGAAUGUGAGAAGACUUUUAGACUGCUAUCACAACUUACUCAACAUCAGAGUAUUCAUACUGGUGAGAAACCCUAUGACUGUAAGGAAUGUGGAAAGGCCUUUAGACUUCAUUCAUCACUUAUUCAACAUCAGAGAAUUCAUUCUGGUGAAAAACCAUACAAAUGUAAGGAAUGUAAAAAGGCAUUUAGACAACAUUCACAUCUUACUUACCAUCAGCGAAUUCAUAAUGUAACUAAAGCCACCGCGUCCCUGCGCCAUUUCGUACACUUAUUCCGUUACGUCUUGAUGCAGGGAUCCAGUCUGCAGCGGUCAGCCCUGCGUUCUCUGAACUUUGCACAUCUCCAGGAAAAGAACCCAGAAAACCAAUCAGUCCUGAUAGUUCUAGAAAACAUGCCCCAUUGGUUGGUGACUUUCAGGGAUGUGGCCAUCGACUUCUCUCAGGAGGAGUGGGAAUGCCUUAACUCCACUCAGAGGGAUUUGUACAGGGAUGUGAUGUUGGAGAACUACAGCAACCUGAUCUCACUAGCUGGAUGUGCGAUCCCUAAACCAGAUGUGUUUUCUUUAUUGGAGCAAGGGAAGGACCCCUGGAUGGUGACAAGAGCCAUGACAAGAAGAUGGAGCUCAGACUUGGAAUCCAGUUGUGAGACCAAAAAGUCAUCUCCAGAAAAGGGAGCUUAUGAAAUGGAAUCACUGCAAUGGGAAAAUAGGAGGAAACCUAUCAGCCAUAAUUUUGAUUACAAUGGUCUUAGAGAUAAUAUGGAGGGCAAAGGCAAAUUUGAGGAUCAACAGGGAAGUCAGGAAGGACUUUACAUGCACAUGAAAAUUACCUAUGGAGAAAAGGCCACCCAAAGCCAUUCUGUGUCACCUACUCUUCAUCCGCUAAAUCCUACCAGGGAAAAAUUGUACAAAUGUAAGGAAUAUGAACAAGCUUUCAGCUACCUGUCAUGCCUUACUCCACACGAGAAAAGCCAUAAUAAAGAAAAACACUCUGAAGUUAAGAAACGUAGGAAGACCUUCAGCAAAAAGCCAACAUAUAUUCAACAUCAGAGGAUUCAGAAUGGUGAAAAGCCUUAUGAGUGUAUGGAAUGUGGGAAGGCCUUUGGUCGUAGUUCUGAUCUGAUUCAACAUCAGAAAAUUCAUACUAAUGAAAAACCUUAUCAGUGUAAGGCAUGUGGGAAAGCUUUUAUUCGUGGUUCACAGCUCACUGAACAUCAGAGAGUUCAUACAGGAGAGAAACCAUAUGAAUGUAAGAAAUGUGGAAAAGCCUUUAGUUAUUGUUCACAAUAUACUCUCCAUCAGAGAAUUCACAGUGGUGAAAAACCCUAUGAAUGCAAGGAAUGUGGGAAGUCCUUUAUUCUUGGCUCUCAACUUACUUACCAUCAGAGAAUUCAUAGUGGUGAGAAACCCUAUGAGUGUAAGGAAUGUGGAAAGGCCUUUAUUCUUGGUUCACACCUUACUUAUCAUCAAAGAGUUCAUACUGGUGAAAAGCCUUACAGAUGUAAAGAAUGUGGGAAGGCCUUUUUAUGUGCCUCCCAACUUAAUGAACAUCAGCGAAUCCAUACAGGUGAGAAACCCUAUGAAUGUAAAGAAUGUGGGAAGGCCUUUUUUCGUGGCUCACAACUUACUUACCAUUUGAGAGUUCAUACAGGUGAGAGACCCUAUAAAUGUAAAGAAUGUGGAAAAGCCUUUAUUUCUAAUUCUAAUCUUACUCAACAUCAGAGAAUUCAUACAGGUGAAAAACCCUACAAAUGUAAAGAAUGUGAGAAGGCCUUCAUUUGUGGCAAACAGCUUAGUGAACAUCAGAGAAUUCAUACAGGUGAGAAACCCUUUGAAUGUAAGGAGUGUGGAAAGGCUUUUAUUCGUGGUGCAUAUCUUACUCAACAUGAGAAAAUUCAUGGUGAGAAACAUUAUGAAUGUAAGGAAUGUGGGAAGACCUUUUUUCGUGCCACACAACUUACAUAUCACCAGAGAAUUCAUACAGGUGAGAAACCCUACAAAUGUAAGGAAUGUGACAAGGCUUUUAUUUAUGGCUCACAACUUAGUGAGCACCAGAGAAUUCAUAGAGGUGAAAAACCCUAUGAAUGUAAGCAGUGUGGGAAGGCCUUUAUUCGUGGUUCACAUCUUACUGAACAUCUAAGAACUCAUUCUGGUGAGAAACCCUAUGAAUGUAAGGAAUGUGGGAAGGCCUUUAGUCGUGGCUCAGAACUUACUCUACAUCAAAGGAUCCAUACUGGUGAGAAACCUUAUGCAUGUGUCCAAUGUGGUAAAGACUUUAGACGUCAUUCACAACUUACUCAACAUAUGAGGCUUCAUAAUUGAAAAAGCUGUGAAUAUGAUUUAAUAUAAGAAAGGCUUCAACUGUAUUCAACACCUCUGGAAUAUUAGAGAACCCAUAUUAUGUUCGUAAUGAAUGUAGGACAUCCUUUUACUUGUGCUCAUAAUGAACUCAUUUUUAGAAAGCCUAUAUUAAUGAAUGCAGAAAUAACUUCUGAAACACAGUAAACAUUUAUUUUAAUUUUCAUGUUUUUAUUUUUUAUUUUUAAAGUAGGCUUCAUGCCCAGCACAGAGUCCAACUUAGGGCUUGAACUCACGACCCUGAGAUCAAGACCUUAGCUGAGAUCAAGAGUCAGACACGUAACCAACUAAGCCACCCAGGUACCCCCUAUUAAACAAUUUUAACAAUCUAUAGCCUUGGAAUGUAAUCUGAAACAUAUCUUUUAUUGAGUACUAUCUCUGUUUCACCAUUUCCUGUGAAAUUGGAAAAGUUACUUAACCUCUCUUUGCCUCAGCUUCUUUGUGUAAAAUAAUGUAAUGAUAUUACAUUGAUUGAAUUAUAGAUGAUUAAACACAUGUAACUCCCUUUGGACAGCAUCUGAUACUCAGUAUCUAUUAUUAUCACUGGUAUUAUCAUUAUUAUAUGCUAUUAGAGAAGUCAAAGGGUAGGAAUAUUUUUGAAUACAGUAAGAUAUAAGCAUUCUAUUACCAUCUAUCCCUUUCUGUUUCUUGUUUGGGUUUGGUCUGGUUUUACCAUCUAUCCUUUUUUGAACACCAGAUAAUUUAUUCUGUGACAGAAGCUUUAGGACAUCAUAAAGGCAGAAAGGCCUCCAUUUUAGAGCUCAUAAAUUUUGCUGCACCAGAUAAUUCAUACUGCAAAAAAACUAUGGAAGAAAUUCCUUUAGAGUUGUAGAGAUUUUUUAUAAAAUCAAGGGGAGGUCAUUUUUCUACAGCAAAUUCCAAAAGCAGAAGUCAUUUUACUACAUUUUCUAAUUACUUCUUUAAGGGAAAGAUAAUUUUUUAUCAAGAAAAUUAUAGCCAAGUGGCUCCAUUAAAAUACAACUAUAUAAAUUAUUACUGUCUUAAAUGAGAAAUCAAAACAAAAUUUACUAACUACAGCUUUUCUCAUUAUCUGUAUCUGAUAAUAUGUUGAAGAGUAAAUUUUCAGAUGCCCACAUUUCAGAGCCUACUUCCAUUAUUUUAAGUGGGGAAAAUGAUGCUUCUGGCCCUUUCAAGUGUCCUGAUCAGUUUUCCCAAAUGUAAUUUAAAUUCAUCUUUUAAAAAAAAUUUUUUUAAUGUUUAUUAUUUAUUUUUGAGAGAGGGAGAGACAGAGUGCAAGCUGGGGAGGAACAGAGAGAGAGGGAGACACAGAAUCCAAAGCAGGUUCCACAUUCUGAGCUGUCAGCACAGAGCCCAAUGCAGGGCUCAAACUCACGAACUGUGAGAUCAUGACCUGAGCUGAAGCCGGACGCUCAACCGACUGAGCCAGCCAGGUGCCCCUAAAAUAUUAUUUGCUACAUUGAUCAUAAUUCAUUGACAUAUAUUUGGCAUAUAACAUAUUUGCAUAUUAGAAAAUAUUCUGAACCAGACUCUCCAAAAUAUGUUCAAGAGAUAAUAAUCUCCUAAAUACCAUUGGAGGAGAGGACUCUGUCUCAUUGCAUAUUGUGGUACAUAACCAAAUUCCCUUAUUGCCAAUGAAUUACACUUUGAGCAAGCCGAAUUAAAAGGUUGUAAGAAGACCUGCAAUAAAGAAAAUAUUACUAUUAUUCAGCACACUGUUUCCCAGUCCUGACCAUGAAUUCUUUCCCCUCCAUAAUAUUUACUAUCUUUGGGUUAUGAACACACUUUGAGAAAUCCAUUGCUGACCAAAAAGAAUAAUUAUAAGAGAAAAUUUAAGGCAUUAUGGAAGUUAGUUAAAUUUAGUGGGUGGUACAGUACUUUUGUGUUCUAAAAUUAAUCAGUACACUAUACAAGAAGAGUCCCUCUAGCUCAAGUUUUCACAACCCUUUCCCUAUUCUCUCAUCCUCUAGAUUGAUUUAAUUAGAUUUUUAUUCUUGAUGCUGUUCUUAUAAGACUGUUGAGCCUGGGUGGCCCAGGCAGUUAAGCAUCAGACUCUUGGUAUUGGCUCAGGUGAUCUCCCAGUUUCAGGAGUUUGAGCCCCACGUCCCACACGGGGAGCCUGCUUGGGAUUCUUUGUCUCCCUUUCUCCCUGUCCCUCCCUGACUUGCGCUAUCUCUGCCUCUCUCAAAAUAAAUAAAAAACUUUUUAAAAAAGAUGGUUUAAUAUGAAACUUGAAUGAAUAUUAUCUCAGUACUUUAUUUCAUAAAUCAUUUUGAAACCAAGAGUUUCCCUAUUGAGGUAAUGGUGAGGGGAUAGUAAUGUACACUAAUCAAAGAAUUCAU